GGAAGUUCUAAAACUUUUUCGAAGACAUUGUUUUUCUAUCUCUUAAGGGAACAAAGUUAUUGAAAUGAACUUUUAUCGUAGUUGGCUUUGCACAUUUUUUAUUGUAAUCAAAUUACGAGGUAUAUUUUUGUGAAUGAGUUCUCCAAAGGAACUAUGUAUAUCGGAUCAACGGUUUAGCAGCUAGAGAAUUAAGUUCACGUUUUUGUCGAUUCAAACCACUGUGCAAUCUACGAACGAUUCAAGUGCAUUUUGCAACCGCCAACAAUCUUCCACAGUGCGAAUAACGAGGUACAAUCAAAUACAAAUAAUACUACCCCAGUCCCAUUCAAACGUAUCACCAUUGUUUGGUUCACCAAACGAACAAUUUUGCUUAGCCCAUACUUCUGUUUCAUAGUGACAGUUAUGUACUGUUGAAAAAUAACUUUUCUGGCAACGAUUCAAAUUAGUUGCUACGGCGAACAACAAGCAUGUUUAUGUUUACCGUUGCUGUAAAAAAAUUCAACUGCUGCUCGCUUCAUCAUGAUCUUGGGUCCGCCCACUCGGGCUACAAACGAAUUCACCAGAAGGCCAACGCCAUCACUACGUCCCUCUCGAUAGAAAAACUGCUCGAACAUCAAAAGCAGCAGGAGCUAUUGGAGAAAUUCCUUGUGGCUCCCAGUACUACAGCGACUAUAACCACGACGAAUACAACACCGAGACCAACGGAAUCUGGUCUGUGUCACUCGGAGAGCGAUUUAGCUGAUACGAUCCGUAUUGUAGACGAAGUCAAUUGCGUGCCGGAAAUGUUGGAACAUAACACCUCUAAAUAAAAGCAGCUUGCCAAGAAAGUGGAAGCCCAGCUAAACAAGGUCUACAGUGACGCACAGAAUCUUAGUAGAAUGUAGUACACAAAGGUGCGAAACGACAGUUUCAGCAAAGGUAGUGUACUAGUGAAUUACUUAGUUGAGUUGGCCGAUCUGACGCCAGACAUCAACACGUUAGAGAUCAAGACAUUGUUCCACGAAACGUUGAUUACAGUACUUGUAAUGAUAAUAGUGAAACCUAGCACGGAAUUGGACGAAGAGCCUGAGGAAGUUCUUAAAAAAUCAAUGGAGAAUUUUCAAUCAAUGAAUAAAUAUUCACUUUAA